AAACUACUGAUUUUACUAUUACUAUCAGUAGCGCGCUGCCUCUACUACAAUACGAACAACGACAGCAACUACUACUGCUAUAAUAAAAAUAACAACAACAACAAUGACAAUAACAGCAACAACAAUAAUAACAAGGACAGCAACAAAAACAACAAAAACAACAACAACAACAGCAACAGCAGCGACAAAUAA